AUGACCCCCAAGUUCUUAACCUGGCGAGAAGGAGAAACGGAGGAACCAUCAAUGGAUAAAGAAAAACUACAGGACCUAGAGAGAAUAGAGUCUGUGAUGUGGGCAGAUGUUCAUGCGUCACCUGGGCUCCUUGUAACAGCUGUUGCUCCUGCAUGCGCUCGCAAUGAACGAGCCUUUGACACGCCUGAACCUGAGAGCAGAUCUCCCACCACAUCCUUACUGGAAAUCAGCCUGGUGUUUCAUGCAUGGAGGGGAAAACACUGGAAAUCAUCUGCUGACCAACCCAGCUUACUCUGCGUCCUGGAGUCUGGAGUGAAUGUUGAAUGUGAACCGAUGGAGCUUCUCAAGGCCAGAGGAACAGGUUGGAAGGACGUGAACGUGUGGCUGAAGGUCUGCAUGAACCUUCAAAGCGCUGAGAUUCACCCUUCAGACGAUAUAGAUCAACAGCCCCGCAGCUGUAACUCAGUCAGGUCUUUUCACAUGGAGGGGCCCGUCAUUGUCCUGCUAUUGCUGUGUUUUAAUAGUUCACUCGGGUUCAUUAGUGCUCAGACAACAGACAAACCUCCUGAUGAUGCAAAGAAUAUCUCAUGGAAACCACUGAACGCCACAGCAAACAAAACCCCGAUGUGUUCUGGACCAGCACGGAUCAAAGACGCCUUCAAGUACAUCAACAGCAUUGUCUCAUGUUUCGUAUUCCUGUUCGGGAUGGUUGGAAACCUGACUCUCCUGAGAAUAAUCAAAGAACACAAAUGCAUGAGAAAUGGACCCUAUAUUCUCAUCGGCAGUCUGGCUUUAGGCGACAUUUUGCACGUCUUGAUUGGCAUACCCAUCAAUGUUUAUAAGCUCCUGGCGGUGGACUGGCCAUUUGGUGUCCUGCUCUGUAAACUGGUGCCGUUUAUUCAGAAAACCUCCGUUGGGAUAACGGUACUGAGCCUGUGCGCUCUGAGCAUAGACAGGUACAGAGUCGUUGCAUCCAGGAGUCAUAUCAAAGGUCUUGGUUUUCCCAAAUGGACUGCUAUCAAACUGUCUUUAAUAUGGACAAUAUCAACAUUGCUGGCUGUUCCGGAGGCCGUCGCGUUUGAUUUGAUUACGAUGGAUUACAGAGGCGAGCAUCUUCGGAUAUGCCUCCUUCAUCCUGUACAAUCCACUCCAUUCAUGCAGUUUUAUAAAAUGGCCAAAGACUGGUGGCUCUUUGGGUUUUAUUUCAUCGUGCCGCUGGCGUGCACCGCCGUCUUUUACUCGCUGAUGACUUGGAGGAUCUUAAGCGGAAGCGUUAAGUUGGACAAACACAUAAAGCAGAGACAUGAAGUGGCCUGGACGGUUUUCUGUCUGGUUCUUGUGUUUGCAAUUUGCUGGUUUCCUCUUCACCUCAGCAGGAUCCUCAAGUUAACCAUCUAUGAUGAACACGAUCCCAACAGAUGCAAAUUACUGAGCACGUUUCUUGUUCUCGACUACAUCGGCCUCAACAUGGCGUCUGUGAACUCGUGCAUCAACCCAAUGGCUCUGUAUGUGGUCAGCAAAAGAUUCAAAAACUACUUCAAGGUAACAUGUGUUUCUCACUUCCUUGCUGCUGUUCCACAUGUCACUUUACCUUCUCAACUCCUGCCAGUGAGUCACUUAUACCACAACGCUGAGGACAUGCUGUCACACCAGCUUCUGGAGUCCUGGAGGAGAGUUUUCCCUUCGGUGGCUCGUUUCCAAGAGCGGCUGUUUAGUCAGAUUGAUGGAAAUGAGAUAAAAUAUUCAUUGAACUAUCUGGGGAAUCUGCCCAACAGGCUUCAGUCUGGCUCCAAAUGCUGUCCAUAUGGCAAUUAUGUGCAGCAGCGUUGCAGAAGUGUUGGUCUGAUGCCUGCUGGCAGACGGAGGCAGAUCUGCUCGUAUCUGAUGUGUGUGGAGUGA